GCGAUAGAGACGCUAGAAACUCCAGGACUGAUCGGUUUGUCUGCACAUGUUGCUGCAGAACAUUUGAGACAAACAACGCCAAAUCAACUUCAACUGCUGUGGUGCGUCACAUUUGCGGCAACUUUUUCUAACUUUUUGCCUUUCUCUUAGGAUCAAUACGGGAACCAACUGCGCCCCCAGUUCACCCCUACUUAGAUGCAUACAAUGCACCAACACGCGCUACUGCUACAUCAGAAACCAGAGACUGGGAUACCGCCCCACCAUGCGGUCGUUCUCGUUCGAGAAGUCCUGAAGCCCACAGUAUCGCUUAAUGUAGUCCUCAAAAGCUCAGUUUGGGGGGCCUUUAGAUUAAGUAUUAGGACACAAGGGCAGGAUUUGGACGAGGAGUUCUCUUGCUUUGGAAGAGUUGAAAAAGUCACAAUCGUUUACGACCAGAGGUCCGACCGUUCUUGUGGUUUUGGCUUUAUCGGAAUGUCCAGUACUGAAGAAGCUACUCGCUACAUUCAGGAACUCAAUGGAAUCUUAUACCCUCCCUCCAUAUUACCGUCAUUCCGAUCGCGAUAAGGAUAGGGACCCCUACUACGAUCACGACAGCCGUGAUUGGCGUGAUCACCCCAACCCUCGUCGUUACUCACCUGAUUACAGGAGGCGCGGGAGCUACUCCAGGAGUCCUCCUAGGGGUAGUAGCUCUCGUAAGGAUUACGAUGGUCCUUCAGGGACCGGUG